GGAAGGUGGAGUUUGUCUCUCUGCGGCCUCCGUACUUCGCCAGCAGACAUGGCGGAAUAUUCUUGCGUUAAGAAAACAAAACUGGUUCUUAAGGGGGCGAAAUCGAAAAGUAAGAAAAAAAAUAAAGAUAAAAAACGUAAAAGAGAAGAGGAUGCAGAAGAUCAGCUUGAUAUAGUUGAAGGCUGGUGGACGAUAACCAAUUUUGGUGAAAUCACAGGAACUGUAGCAAUAGAGAUGGGUCUUGGAACUUAUAUCAGUGCUCUUGAUAAUGGCCUCUUUACUCUUGGAGCUCCACAUAAAGAUGAAGGACCUAGUCCUCCUGAACAAUUCACUGCAGUCAAGCUGUCAGAUACAAGAAUUGCAUUGAAAUCAGGGUAUGGAAAAUACCUCGGCAUUAAUUCAGAUGGGCUUGUUAUUGGACGUUCUGAUGCAAUAGGUGCAAGGGAGCAGUGGGAGCCCGUGUUUCAAGAGGGAAAAAUGGCUCUGUUAGCAGCCAACAGCUGUUUUAUUAGUUGUAAUGAAGAAGGUGAUAUAAUAGCCAAAAGUAAAACAGCAGACAAUGAUGAAAUGAUAAAGAUCAGAACAUGUACAGAAAGAGAAGCCAAACAAAAAGAGGACAUUUCUGAAGAAGAUAAAGGAAAUGUAAAGCAAUGUGAGAUCAACUAUGUGAAGAAGUUUCAGAGUUUUCAAGAUAACAAACUCAAAGUAAGCCAAGAAGAUAGUAAAAUUCUGAAAAAAGCUAGGAAAGAAGGCACUUUCCAUGAAGCACUGCUGGACAGCUCAUCAUGGGUAAAACUUUGUUUCUGGAAUACCCUCAUCAAACCAAACUGGACAGCUGCAUUAUGUGCCUGGAUUUAUUCAAUUAUUGUAAUGUAAAAUAAUUUAAUGGGGGAGAAUGCUACUCAGAGAAAUACCAUCAUUUCAUCCCUGCAA